AUGGCUGACGCAGCAGCCAGGCAGUUGCAAUAUGAAUACAAAGCUAACUCUAACCUUGUUUUACAAGCCGAUGUAAGACUUAUAGAGCGUCGUGGUCGGGAUGAGGCGACAGGAGAGGUAUUGUCCUUGUCAGGAAAGCUCGGAGGAACCCGAAUGGGUGACAGGGCUCAGCGUACUAAGCCUGACAAAACAGAAGAACGAAAAGUCAAACGACAGAAACGUGAUGAAGCAUCUUAUGAGCUGUCAAAAUCUAAGACUGCUCGAGUAGCAUGGGCUGAUGAUACUCCAGGUGUACUAUACAGACCGAGAGCCCAACACACGAGGCACGCCUACGAGAUGCUGCUGACUUUUAUGCAGAGUGCUCUCGGAGACCAGCCUAGGGAUAUCCUCUGUGGAGCUUGUGAUGAGGUACUGGUUGUGUUAAAGAAUGACAAGCUCAAAGAUCCAGAGAGGAAGAAAGAGAUUGAACUGCUGCUUGGACCUGUGGCUGACGAGAGGUUUGCCCUCUUGGUUAAUUUAGGCAAGAAAAUUACAGACUUCAAUAUAGGCAGUUCUGCAGAAGGUAACACGGAGAUAGAUGAGACAUAUGGCAUCAAUGUCCAGUUUGAAGAGUCCUCGGAGGAAGAUGAUGAGGAUGCUUAUGGGGAGGUGCGGGAAGAAGAUAAAGAAGACGGAGAAGAGGGUUCAGAGAAUGAGAAAGAGAAAGACAGCAGUGCUGAUGAGGACAGCGAUACUGAAGGGAAGAAGAAUGCCAUACAUGCUAAUUUAACCGAAGAACAGUCCCAAAAACGCCAGGCAACGACCCUCCAUCCAAUGGACAUAGACGCGUACUGGCUCCAACGACGUCUGUCCCGACACUUCCCAGACGCCAUGGUCUCCCAAGCGAAGUCCAGUGAGGUCCUCCUAGCUUUAGCUGAUGCUGCAGACGAUAGGGACCUGGAGAACAGGCUGGUCCUCCUUCUUGGAUACGAUUGCUUUGAGUUUGUGAAGCUUUUGAACAAGUACCGGUAUACAGUGUUGUACUGCACAAAACUGGCGUCAUCACAAUCGGAUAGCGAACGGGCUUCUAUCAGAGAAGAGAUGUCCAAACAACCACAUCUGCAGAAGAUCUUGGCUCAGCUGGAAACUGGGAAGGGUGAUGAUGAGACUGCACAACAAUCGGAAGCCCCUCGCAAACGUCAGAAGACAGAAGGCCAGAGUUCUGCGCAAGCGCAGGUGACUGGCUCUAGGAAGGUUCUACAACUGGAAGAUUUGAUGUUCGCGGCUGGAGCACAUUUCAUGGCUAAUAAACGCUGUCAGCUUCCACCUGGAUCCUUCAGAAAACAGAGGAAGGGUUAUGAAGAAGUCCACGUUCCAGCUCUGAAGCCUAAGCCUUUCGAUGAAAACGAGACCCUGGUGCCUGUGGAGAAACUUCCUAAAUACGUGCAGCCAGCUUUCGAGGGGUUCAAGAACUUGAAUAGAAUACAAAGUCGUAUAUCGAAGGCGGCGCUGGAGACGGACGAGAACUUACUGGUGUGCGCCCCGACCGGCGCGGGCAAGACCAACGUGGCGCUGCUGUGCAUCCUGCGCGAGGUGGGCAAGCACGUCAACGACGACGGCACCGUCAACGUCAACGACUUCAAGAUGAUCUACGUCGCGCCCAUGAGGUCGCUCGUGCAGGAGAUGGUGGGCAAUUUCAGCAAGCGUCUGGCUGCAUACAACAUGAAGGUGUCAGAAUUGACGGGUGACCAUCAGUUGACCAGGGAACAGAUUGAAGCUACACAACUCAUAGUUUGCACUCCUGAAAAGUGGGAUAUUAUCACCAGAAAAGGAGGAGAACGUUCCUUCACGAACCUGGUCCGUUUGAUCAUUAUUGACGAAGUCCACUUACUUCACGACGAGCGAGGACCGGUUCUGGAAGCCCUAGUUGCCAGGACUUUACGGACAGUGGAGCAGACUCAGGAGAAGGUUCGUCUAGUGGGCCUGUCUGCCACACUUCCCAACUACACAGAUGUGGCCGCAUUCCUUAGGGUGAGGCCGGAACAUGGACUGUUUUACUUCGACAACUCAUUCAGGCCUGUUGCCUUAGAACAGCAAUAUAUAGGUGUAACUGAGAAGAAGGCCCUGAAAAGAUUUCAAGUGAUGAACGACAUUGUCUAUGAGAAAACUAUGGAACAUGCUGGAAGGAAUCAGAUCUUGGUGUUCGUACACUCCCGUAAAGAAACGGGCAAGACAGCGCGCGCUAUACGAGACAUGUGCUUGGAGAAAGAUACCCUUGGACAGUUCUUAAGAGAAGGCUCAGCGAGUAUGGAAGUCCUCCGCACAGAAGCGGAACAGGUGAAGAACCCUGAACUCCGUGAGCUCCUACCAUACGGCUUUGCCAUCCAUCACGCUGGAAUGUCCAGAGUGGACAGGACCCUGGUGGAAGAUCUGUUCGCUGAUAGACAUAUACAGGUUCUGGUAUCAACCGCGACCUUGGCGUGGGGAGUGAACCUGCCAGCCCACACGGUGAUAGUGAAGGGCACGCAGGUAUACUCCCCAGAGAAGGGGCGCUGGAGCGAGCUGGGGGCUCUGGACGUACUGCAGAUGUUGGGGAGAGCUGGACGUCCACAAUACGACACAAAAGGCGAAGGUAUCCUGAUAACCAACCACUCGGAGCUGCAGUACUACCUGUCUCUCCUGAACCAGCAGUUGCCGAUAGAGUCUCAGAUGGUGAGCAAGCUGCCGGACAUGCUAAACGCGGAGAUAGUCCUCGGCUCUGUGCAGUCCGUCAGGGACGCAGUCACAUGGCUCGGUUACACGUACCUGUACAUCCGCAUGCUCCGCCAGCCGCAGCUGUACGGCGUCACCGCCGAGAAGCUGCAAGAAGACAAUCUCUUGGAGCUCCAUCGGGCUGACCUCAUACACACAGCCGCCAGUCUGUUAGACAAGGCUGGUCUCAUCAAAUACGAGCGUAAGUCCGGCCACUUCCAGCCGACGGAGUUGGGUCGCAUCGCGUCCCACUUCUACUGCACGUACGAGACGAUGCAGUGCUAUAACCAGCUGCUGAAGCCGAGCCUCGGGGAGAUAGAGAUCUUCAGGGUAUUCUCACUGUCUGCUGAGUUCAAGCAUAUAGCUGUUCGCGAGGAGGAGAAGUUGGAGCUGUCCAAGCUUAUGGAGAGGGUCCCCAUACCUAUAAAAGAAAGCAUAGAAGAGCCAUCAGCAAAGAUCAAUGUGCUCCUCCAAGCGUACAUCUCGCAGCUCAAGCUGGAGGGCUUCGCGCUCAUGGCCGACAUGGUCUAUGUCACACAGUCUGCUUGCAGGCUGCUUAGGGCCAUCUUCGAGAUCGUGCUGCACAGAGGUUGGGCCCAGCUGGUGGACAAAACUUUGGCUCUGUGCAAGAUGGUGGACAGAAGAAUGUGGCAGUCCAUGUCGCCGCUUAGGCAAUUUAGAAAAAUGCCGGAAGAGGUAAUAAAAAAACUUGAAAAGAAAAACUUCCCAUGGGAGAAACUGUAUGAACUGGGACCGAACGAGAUUGGAGAGCUGGUUCGAGCCCCGAAGUUGGGUAAAAUGAUACACAAAUACGUGCACCAGUUCCCCAAGCUGGAGCUGAGCACGCACAUCCAGCCCAUCACACGGUCCACCCUGAGGGUCGAGCUUACCAUCACACCUGACUUUCACUGGGAUGAAAAGAUUCACGGUCAAUCAGAAGCCUUCUGGAUCCUUGUGGAGGACGUGGACUCGGAAGUGGUCCUCCACCACGAAUACUUCCUCCUCAAACAGAAGUACUGUCGGGAUGAACAUCACGUCAAGCUCUUCGUGCCCGUCUUCGAACCUCUGCCUCCUCAGUACUUCCUUAGACUUGUGUCUGACAGAUGGAUAGCAGCCGAAACUCAACUGCCUGUCUCCUUCCGUCAUCUCAUUCUCCCCGAGAAGAACCUGCCCCCGACGGAACUGCUGGACCUCCAGCCGUUGCCUAUAUCGGCUCUCCGGAACCCAAAGUACGAGGAGUUGUACAAUGAGACCUUCCCGCAGUUCAAUCCUGUGCAGACUCAGGUAUUCAACGCAGUGUACAACUCAGAUGACAACGUGUUCGUGGGCGCUCCGUCCGGCUCCGGCAAGUCUGUGAUCGCAGAACUGGCGCUGCUGCGGCUGCUGUCGCACUCGCCGACCGCCCGCGCCGUCUACCUGUUGCCCAAGGACGCGCUCGCUGACAUCGUCUUCGCAGACUGGUACCACAAGUUCACCAACAACUUCCAUCUCAAGGUUGUUCAAUUAACCGGUGAAACAGCAACGGAUCAUAAGCUACUGAACAAGGGUCAGAUUAUAAUCACAACAGCUGACAAGUGGGACAUAUUAUCUAGAAGGUGGAAAGUCCGCAAGAGCGUCCAAAGUGUCGCUCUCUUCAUAGUAGAUGCUCUUCAACUCCUGGGCGGUGAAGAAGGUCCCGUCUUAGAGGUGGUGUGCUCCAGGAUGCGGUAUAUUUCAUCACAAAUUGGUCGUCAGAUUCGUAUCGUGGCUCUGUCGCUCCCUCUAGCGGACGCUCGUGACGUAUCUCAGUGGUUGGGUUGCAACGCAAACGCCUGCUUCAACUUCCACCCGAGCGUCAGGCCAUUGCCCUUGGAACUUCACAUACAGGGCUUCAACAUCUCCCACGCAGCAUCUCGUCUCGCUGCAAUGACGAAGCCUAUUUACAAUUCCGUAUUACGCUACGCGGGAACCAAACCUUGUGCUGUGUUCGUACCCUCCCGGCGACAUUCUCGUCUACUGGCUGCUGAUCUCCUAGCGCUGGCUGCUGCUAACGGUAGACCUACGAGAUUCCUGAGGGCCAGACCUGAUAUGCUCCAGCCGUUCUUGAAGAGAGUUCAAGAUAAGAUGUUAAAAGAGACGUUAUCAGCGGGAGUAGCAUACUUGCACGAGGGUGUGGAGGGAAGCGACCGGCGCCUGGUCCAGCAGCUGGUGGAGUCCGGGGCCGUGCAGCUAUGCGUGGUGGCCGCUGAACUUGCUUUCGCAUUCGCCGCGCACGUUCACACUGUCAUCAUCGCAGAUACUCACACGUACAACGGCAAACUGCACGCGUACGAGCAGUACCCCAUCAGCACAGUCCUCCAGAUGGUGGGGCGAGCCUGCCGCCCCCUCGACGAUGAACACGCCGUGGCAGUGCUCAUGUGCGUGGCUCAUCACAAGACGUUCUUCACCAAGCUACUCAACGACUGUUUACCGCUGGAGAGUCAUCUGGACCACAGGCUCCACGACCACAUGAACGCGGAGAUCGUCACUAAAACCAUUGAGAACAAGCAGGACGCUGUUGACUACCUGACCUGGACCUUCCUGUACAGAAGACUUACCCAGAAUCCAAACUAUUAUAACCUACAAGGAGUCACGCACAGACAUCUGUCGGACCACCUGUCGGAGCUGGUGGAGACUACCCUCACAGACCUUGAACAGUCCAAGUGUAUCGCCAUAGAAGACGACAUGGAUGUGCAGCCUCUCAACUUGGGCAUGAUCGCGUCAUACUAUUAUAUCAAUUAUACAACUAUCGAACUCUUUAGCUUGUCCUUAACCAACAAAACGAAGAUACGAGGCCUGUUGGAGAUCAUAUCCUCGGCGGCGGAGUACUCCGAGCUCAGCAUCAGACAUCGCGAGGAGAAUAUCAUCAAAUCAUUGGCUUCUAAGGUGCCGCACAAGCCGGCGGGCGCGCGCUACAACUGCCCGCACGUGAAGGCGCACGUGCUGCUGCAGGCGCACCUCUCGCGCACGCAGCUGCCAGCCGAGCUGCACGCCGACACCGCGCGCGUGCUCACCAAGGCAAUCCGUCUCAUUCAAGCCUGCGUGGACGUGGUAUCCAGCUCAGGAUGGCUGUCUCCAGCGGUGGCUGCCAUGGAACUGGCGCAGAUGGUGACACAGGCCAUGUGGGCUAAGGACUCGUACCUGAGACAAUUGCCGCACUUCACCGCUGAACUGGUUCAGCGCUGCUCAGAGAAGGGUGUAGAGACAGUAUUCGAUGUGAUGGAGCUCGAAGACAACGCUCGCGCCAAGCUCCUGCAACUCACCCCCACGGAAAUGGCCGACGUAGCCAGGUUCUGCAACAGAUACCCGAAUGUGGAACUCACUUAUGAGGUAAAGAACGAACGCCGUCUCCGCGCCGGCAAGCCUAUCGUAGUGGAGGUAUCCCUGGAGAGGGAGGACGACAUCGUGGGGCCAGUAAUCGCACCGUUCUUCCCACAGAAACGUGAAGAAGGCUGGUGGGUGGUGAUCGGUGACCCGAAGACCAACACGCUGCUCUCCAUCAAGAGGGUUUCCCUUGCAAGGACUGCUAAGGUGAGACUGGACUUCGUGUGUGGAGUGGCUGGUCGUCACACGUACACUCUCUACUUCAUGUCGGACGCGUACCUCGGGGCUGACCAGGAGUACAAGUUCACAGCAGACGUGGGAGAGGCCCACUCCGACUCCAGCGGCGAGGAGUGA